UUUCCAAGUGAAAGGCAAUUUUUGCUCGUGCGUGAAUAUUUUUUUCUGUGAGUGUGAUGCAUAAGUACUGUAAUUAAUCGAAAUUUUGUGUAUUUCCGCUGUGUCCAAUUUUGUUUACAUUCACCCAUUGGCUGAACAUUAUGGGGGUUGCCUAGCAACUCAGAUAUCCUCCCGAAUUCAGCUCUUUUUUGUGUAACAUUUGCUCGAAUUACACAAUAUCAUGGUGUAGUUAAACCACUCGAGUCGACCAAAAUACGUAAAUAAACUUCAUUGAAAACGAAGGUGAAUUUUGCAUUAUACAUUCGCUGUAACACUUCUUGGACGAAAUGUUGAUUCGACGCACUAUUCUUUUAUUUUAUGGUUAAUGAAAAAAAAAAAAAGUUGACUGACUGCUUACUGACUGCUGUUUGCUGUUAAAACUGUUUGUUUAUUCAGGUGUUACGAGGUACUUUUGACUCUGCCGAAACAACGUUUACGCAUCGCUUUGCUUGGCUGCUUGUGAAUAUAAAGCAGAUUUUACUGCUUUUUCCCAACUGUCUGGCAGCAGUUUUUGAAAAUGGCUCCGGAAAAGCUAGCAUAAUCAUGAAAAACGUUCUGUUUUUUCUGCUGGGUGUUUCCAUCCUGCAGUGCUGCUGCAUUGGCCUAGCAGAAAGCUGUGACAUAUUCGAAAAUCCAUUGGGAUCUGUAACUCCUGAUCAAGAUGUUAAGAUUGGUUCACCAUUCACAUUCCGCUGCACACUUUUUCCCGAAACAGUCAGGAAUCACAGUGUUACAUCUGCUGAUCUCAUCCUAAAUUUCACCGAUCGAACUUCGCCUGUUGUAACAUUGACUCCAACAUCUAUUAUUGAUGAAUUUACUGUAGAAUAUGCUGUUGAAAAUGCCUCGUUUAAGGAAAAUGGAAUUUAUUCGUGCUAUGUGCCAACUCUCACAGAGAAAACUCCUCAGUUGGUGUGCAUGUCUAGUGUAUCUGUUGGCUAUCCACCUCUUAAUGCUACGAAUUUCACCUGCAUUAGUUUGGAGUAUACCAACUUGACUUGCACCUGGAAUGAACCUGUAAAUAAUGUGAAAACACAAUAUAUUUUGCAAGAUUUGCUGCAUGAUAAUAAAUUCUUCAAACGCCAAUGCCCAGUACCUAUUAAGCCAUCUGGCUGCCAGUAUCGCUUAGAUACAAAACCUGUAUAUGUACAGAGCCAGGAAUAUCUGAGUUUUAUUUUGGUUGGACGUAAUUCCUUGGGAGAAUCAAAACAGUAUUUCAAAAUCAAGCAUUAUGAAAUUAUCAAACCAGGUGUGCCAACUUUCAUACAGUUUAGUAAUGUUAGAGAAACCAGUCUGGUCAUCAACAUCUCUGCCCCUAAAGGCCUGCAGUAUAGAGAGUUUGUUGAAGGCCUGGUUUAUUCCAUCAAGUAUUAUUCUGUAUCUACUCUACUUAAUAUCACCAAGGAAGUUUCGAUUACAACUGUGAGUGGCAAUGCAGAUCUUACUUUGAGAGAUCUGGUUCCACAUACUGUCUAUGAUUUUGAAGUACGAUGUCAUCUAAAUAUUAAAAGUGAUAAAUUCAUGUGGAGUGAUUCAAAAAUUGCAACUGAGCUAACAAAAUCAGAUGUUCCAUAUUUGGCCCCAGUUGUUCACAGCUCUGCGUUUGAUUAUCAGAAUAUUGCAGGAAAUAGGACAAUCACUAUAUAUUGGCAACCUGUACCAUCUCAAUUUGAGAAUGGGGAGGACUUCUUUUAUUACAUUAAAUAUCAUGAGUACUAUGUCCCGUCUCGUUUCAAACGUGAAGCUUCAAAGAAAUCUAGCUCAUACAUCAAAGUAGGAAACAAAACAUCUGCUACCAUCGAACACUUAGAUCCAGGACAAGCCUACUUUUUUAAUAUUGUGGCAGCCAAUAAAGAAGGAAAGUCAACGAAUGAAACAGCUCAGAUUGUAAUUGAUAAAACUGAAAAAAUGCUUAUGGGACCACGGGACAUCUCAGUGAUAUCAUAUGGAAAGGGUUUAUAUAACAUCUCUUGGAAGGCUCCUGAUGUGCGUUAUUCUCAUUAUAUAAUGUUUUGGUGUGAAAAUUACAAGCUGAGCUCUACAAGAUGUGAUGGACCACUUAAUAUGGUUUCAGUCUCUGGCCAGACAAAACGUGAACUUUUUCUUCCUGAUCGUAAUACAAACUACCAGUUUGCAGUGGCAACUGUUCAGGGUUCUCAGACUUCAGGCGUGUUUUGGGCACCUUGCACUGUAGUUCACAAUAUGAAAUACAAAGUACUCAAAAUGGAAUUAAUACCUAAGACUUCAACAAGCCUGCGAGUACGUUGGUCCAUGAGAUGUGAAGCUGAAAAGAAAGUGGUCAAGGAGUAUUCCAUACAUUAUUGUCCUUUCUCAGGGAACUGCACUUACAAUAAUGCUAUGCACUGUGAAGUGGAUGGGAAAGGUCCAUUAAGUUGGCCUCAUGUGAAUAUUCUGAACAGUUCUUCAACCGAAUAUAUUUUGGGUUCUUUGACUCCAUACACUUGUUAUGCUGCCUAUAUGCGUGUGCGCACUGGAGCUGGCUGGGGUGAAAACAGUGAUUUUACUUAUGAAUCCACAAUGCAAUCUGCACCUGGUGAUCCUCCAGGUAAUGUACAUGCUGUUGUAAAGAAUGCAUCAAUCAAAGUAUCAUUUGAUCCACCCACUAUUCCCAAUGGUCGCAUUACUCGAUAUGUCAUUUACUACAAUAAAACAUCUGCAGAUGAGGCAAAUUAUCAUAAGGAAUACAGAGUCCCUGAAGAUGCACACGGGAAACUGCCUGACAGCAUUACUUUGGAUAAUGUUAACUAUUAUACUAACUAUUCAAUUGAAGUCACAGCAUGUGUUGAUCAGGCCUGCUCAGUCCCCUCAGAGCCUAUUUAUGUUACUACGGGUAUAUCAAAUCCUGGCGUUGUUAUUCCCCCUCGAGUUGAAAUAUUAGAAAACAACAUUAAUAUCUCAUGGGCACCACCUUUACUGCCUAAUGGACCUGUCCAGUAUUAUCAAGUGUGGGUCGAUGGAGAUUCUUGGGACGAUAUCACUGUUUAUAAUGUUAGUGGCAGCACUUUUCUGCUUCUUGAUAGGAAGUGCGAAACUGGAAGCAAUAAUGAGACCCAGUUUGAAGUGCGAGCUGUUAACCUAAAAGAUGGAAAUCCCCUGUUUGGAGAUUUCAGCCCUCCGACAAAAACUAUUCUUUGUCCUCUAAGUAGUAUGUCUUGGAAAGUUGGAUUAGCAGUAGGAGCUGCUAUUGUAGUACUAAUUGCAUUUAUUGGAGUCGCUUAUUAUAUUAAUAUUUGGUAUAAAAAACUUGCUGCUGUCAAAAGGACAAAGAUACAGCUUCCUAAAGGACUGGAUUCACCAAUGGAUAAUCCUCUCAAUUCUUAUGAUAAAUUUAAAAGUGGCUUGAAAAAUCACCAUGAUUCAGGUAUUCCUAAUGAUCGGGCUUACGACAGGCUAUUUUCAUCUACUUCUGAUGGAGACUUGAUGCAUACAGAUGAUAAAAGAGGACCAUCUGGACGUAACAACAGUGGAGAAAGCACAACAUCAGGCAAGUGUCAUACUAGCAUUUCAUCUGCCAACACUACAAAAACGCACAAUUCCAUGGACUCUGGUGCCGAAGUUGAGUCUCCUCUCUCGCCCGAUAGUUUCUCUUCUGAUUCUGGUUCUAUUAAUACGACGCCAUUGCCUUUUCAGCCAGACCUAAACAUAGUUGAUGAAUUAAAUCAUCUGGCUAGCAGAGAUUCUGGUUUGGAAAGGGACAAUUUGACUACCGUCUAUGUACCUCGUGUUAUACCCAGGUUUGAAGAGCAUGAGGACCUUCCAAAACGACAUUUAUCUGAAGAAGAAAAAGAGCGCAUCUUUGCUUUGUCUAAUAGUGCUCCAUCUGUGAAAGAUGAAGAUGAAAUCAAUCAAGAGAAUGCAAUUUCAUCGUAUACUAAAUUUGGCUAUGGUAGAAGUCUCAGUGAUAAAAAUCUAGAUGGGUACUCAAAGUUUGGAGAACCAGGUGCUUCUGGGCCAGCCAACCCUGCAGCUGAAUUCCGAAAUCAUCAGGUGUGUCCUUCUUUUGUUGUACAUGGGCCAAAUCGAUCAGGUUCUCUGUCACUAGGCAGAACCAAAGAUGACCCAUUAUUACUAAACAAGAAAAAAGCCAAGGAACAUCUAUUGCAUCAGAAGAAAUCACCUGGCAGUGUUAAUGAAAGGAAGCUAUAUUCUGUAGUUGGAGAAGCUUCUGUACCCUCCAAUCCGGCCUCCCACUACGUUCCAGCAGAAAGUAUUCCUAGUCAUAGAACUAUGCCUCUCCAGUCUGCUGCAAGUGCCAUGAUUGCACCAGUUUGUGAGAUGCAGCAAGGUAUAGAGAAUGCUGCAAGGUCAUCUGAUAUGUUAGAUCCCCCAGCCUCAUCUGUAGAUAACAGUGCAUCCUUUUUGGACAAUUUAAAUCUAGAUGAUGUAUUGCCUCCAGAUUUGGACAAACAUCUUGCUGGGAAAGGCAGAUCUGAAACAACAGACAAAGACUCUGGCAAUGGCUCUGAUCAAGAUGCCAGUUGUAAUGGUACACAGAGUUUGAGCAUAAUGAUGCUCUCAGGUGGUGGUAUAGUUGAAGGCAGCUUUAAUGACAUUAUCCCACAUGAAAGCAAUGGCAGUGCAGAUGACUGUUGCACUGAUGAGUCUGGGCUAGCCGAGGAGGCUCAUGAACUUCAAAAUAGCUCUUCACCGGGUUAUACUACAAUGCCUCAGCGGAAUUUCUCUGGUUAUGUUGAUUCUGCAUCAGUCUUACCAAUAAUAACUGCAAGGGUUAUUCCUCAGCCAAAUUUAGCAGACAUUUCAGUUGAAAGUGUAUGACCCACUUCAAGCCAUAUUUUCUAAUCAGUGCAAUCAUUUUCUCGCAGAUUAAUCUGUGUAAUGACAAUUUAGAGUUGUGGCUCUUUUUUUAGUUGACUUGAUUUGGAACAAUGUGUUUUAAUUUUGAAAACAUGAGCAGGGUGUCUAUCCCUUGUUAAUUUUGAAUUUAGUUAUGAAUUCGAAGUUUAGAUGGAACAAAAAGAAAUUUUUUUUUAAUCAAAUGAAUUUUUUUUUCUUUUUUUAUGUUAAAUGUAUUGAAUGGCAAUUCUCUGUAAAUGUCAGAUUACAGAAAGCCAGUACUUUAAAAUCUUUUCAAUGAUCUCUUUAUGUGUUUGUAAUUUUUUUAGUUGAAAAUUUUCCGAAUAAUAAAAAAACAUGAAUUAAUUUGCUAUAUAGAAAUUUUAAAUUUCUGCUGAUAUGAAAUGCAUUUGUUUCAUUUUCUAUAAUAUUUAAUAGAAAAGUUAGAUAUUAAUAAUGUUUUAAUUUAUGUUUUUUUUUUUUUUGGAAAAAUUUUAGAAUAUCAAAUUAUUGUAUUUCUUAACAUAACUAUUUUUAUUAUAAAUGUAAAGUGUGGGCUUUUGAAAAUAUAGAACUAGGGGAACUUUUAAGGGCACAUCUUCAAAAUUAAUAAAAUACAACAAAUUUUACUAGAAUUUAUUUGAUUAAGUAACUUUUAUUUUCUAUAUUUUAAGGGAUUAAUAGCUAGAAUGCUAUUUUAUAAUGCUAAAACAUUUUAAACAUGUUAUUUUGAAACAAAGGUACUUUUUUUUUUCUGUGUCAAAUAUAUUGAUGUAAAAAAAAUUAAGCUCCUUUGAUUGUUAAUCAAAAUUUUAGCAUUUUAUUAUUAGAAAUAUAAAAUAGAAACUUAUUUUUAAUUUAGUGAAGUAUGAAAGAAAUGCAUUUCAAAGAAAAUCUUUACUGUUACAUUAAAUGCUUCAAUAUCAAGAUCUGUUCUGUAGAAGCAAAUAUUAAUAUGCAUUAUCAGUUUUUCACAUAAUUGUUUUUGAACAAAUCAUAUUAAUUUAUUUUUGUAUUAUUAUAGUUUUCAAAAUAAUUGUUGUUAAUGAAUGUCUUUUCCCAUAUAACAAGAAAGAAAAUGGUUUAUUUAAAUGCAUGAGUUAAACUACACAUCUUUAAAAAUCAAAAUAUUUUAUAAUAAUCAUUAUAAUUUAAAAAAGAUUUAUUGAAUCUGUAUUCUAAAAAUUAGAAGAACUUUUAAUUUUAAAAAAAUUGUUGAGUAAAAAAUAUAAAUUUGAAGAAGGGAGAAUUGAACUUGAGACCUACUCUGUAAAGACAAUUAAAUCAUGUAUCAUUUAUUAAUAAGUUGCAGAACAAAAAAAUAAUGGUUCUUGUAAGUCAUUUAAUAAGACUUUUAGUUAAAAUUAUGUUCUAUUUCCAUCCUUUUAAUUGCAUUAUUAAAAUUUUCAUUUAAUUUUUAAAUCAUUAAUUCAUUCAUUUAAUUUUAAAUUUUAAUUUUUUCUGAUGACUGCAUAGAUGUUAUAUCAGUGUAAUUUUUAUCGCUGCUUUCAUGAUAAUGCAAUAUCUCCCCUUUUCCCAAUAUCUUAUGUUGGUUGCUUAAUUAAUUAUAAUACUAUCAGAUACCGUUUAACCCUCCCACCCCUACAAUGUGUGAUGGAGAGUUUGAUUGCAUAUGUAGCAAAAUUAUAGGAAUUUCUUGAGUUGUUGAGGAAACGAGAGAAAAACAUUUACUAUUUUCUUCAAAAUUUCUAUAGUAGGAUAUUUCUGUUUAGUCGACAAGCAAAAGGUAGAAUUAAAGCUUGGUUUUAUUUAUUCUUAAUUACAAAGUUUAUUUUUAUAUAAGUGAAUGCUAUCUGUGAAUACAAUUGGAAAGAAUCAGCUUUAUAUCUAUUAUUGUAGUAAUUAUUCAUCAAUUAAAAAAUGAUGAAUGAAAUUAUUACUUGUGCUUGAGAAUAUUAUGAUGAAAAAAUAUAUUGCCUUUUUUUAGAAGCAUGAUGAUUUAAUAAUUAAUAUGCAUUAUAUUGCAUGAGAUUCUAUCAUUAAAUAAUGUAUGCUUCUUUUUAAAAUGCUUCCACUAUAUAUAUAUAAUAUAAUAUGCAUGCAUAUUCUACUUUUAAUACAGCAACCAUUUUAAAUGAUUCCUUUUGCAAAUCAUGUUUAACCUUUUAAAAGUACAAGGCUUUUGCACUUCAAAACUCAAAACAUGGUGGUCACAAACUUUAUUUUUAUACCUUCAAAUUUGAUGGACACCCUAUAAUAAAUGCGGAAGCUGUAAUUAAAAUGUGAAAAUUUUAGUUUAAAAAUUACAAUUUUUUAAUGUAGUAACGGAAAGCUGAUAUAUUUGGGAGAAUGAACAUUUACAAUAUCUGUAUAUAUUAAUUAAGGUAAUUUUUACUUAGUACAAAAUUGCAUCUUAAAAGUAAUUAAUUUUGAAUUAUGCAUUUAUUGUUGUGUGUACAUGUGCAUGCAUAUGGGUUUCUUUGUGUAUAAUACUAUGUUUUUACGUUAUUGUAGAUCGUCAUUUCAUUUUAAAUCUUUUAAAGAAUCUUUUUAUGCAUUGGAAUAUAACUUUAAAAAGAUUAUUUAAUUUUUUUUAUUGUGUAGCUUUUAUUUUUAAUAUUUUGUCUAGCCAAAUAACAAAAUCAUUUCCUUGCCAUAUUAUAUCAUUGGCAAUAAGUAAAGCAUAAACAUUCUUUUGGAAGAAAAUUAAAUUCUAAUUAAUUAACAAUUCAAUAGCAGCAUGCAUGAAUAGUGCUAUUUUAUUAUUUUUUUAAAUAAAAUCACAUUUCUUUAAAAUUUUAUAUUAUGAGGGGGUGGGGAUUUCAUAAUUUGGUU